UCAUCAUCAAAAUCAUCAUUGAUUUCUUUCCAAUCAAGUCUUUUAUAAGACUCAUUUUGGUGAUAUAUGCCAUGGCUAUGACCGGGAGCUUAUGCGGUUUGACACCAUUUCUGUUUCGUCGCAAGGCAUAUGGAAUUGAGACGAUGAAAGGCUAUGACAUACACAAGAAUCUGCCCAAAAGUCAAAAGGAAGUGCUCGGCAUGACAAUAGGCAGCCCAUUGGGUCAUACCAGCAACUUAAUGUUGAUGUUGGAGCUCCGGAAGAAGAUCUCACUCUUUCGAGACAUCAUUGAUCUACCACCUUGUGAUGGAUCAACUUCCAUAAAUGAGCUGGUGAUGGCCACAAUUGAAGAUCUCCACGAGCUUUACCCGGAAAUAAUACCAAGUAAUGGGCUGUCAGAAAUAAAGGGGACAUCUAUAGAUCAGGGUCUAAUUUACUUCUUGGAGGCUUUGAAAUCUAUUGGAGAUUCAUGGAUGAUGAGUCAGGAUUCUUUGGACAUAUUUAAAUGUGAUUUAUCACCAUAUAGGGAGAACAUCAAUUCGGAACAACGUGUUGAGACAGUCCUGGAAACACUUGAUUCAAUGAUUAAAAUGGCACAAGAGAAGUUCGAUUUCAUGGAUGAAGAUGACCAGAAGGAUGGAAGUCCACUACCUAACACAUUUGGAAAAAUCUUCAGGGAUUGCUCUUCAGGCACCAACAGCCCCUGCUCUGCUUCUCCGGGUUCUCCACUCACCCCGACCACAGUGCUUCCAGAAUUAUUUAAAACCUCAAAGAAAGGUGGAGAGAAAGGAAAUCUUUCUUAUAGCCCUCCAGGCCUCUGGUCUCUCAGAGCUAGAGCUGUGGAAAAACUGAACCCAAUUGAUGUAACCCGCCUCUCAUUUUAUGCAUUGUCAAGUGUAGGAGGGGUAGAUUCCAGCAUUUUAAGUGUAAACAAAAAGGUUGAUAAACCAAAGACAGGAAUAGAAGAAGAAAAGAGCAAUCUUGAAGUGACAACAACAAUUGAAGAAGCUAGAGAUAGCGGUACUGAAAAAGAUACACCUGAGACAACUGUGACCUUGGCAACACUGCCACAACCAUCACAGCCCUUGCCUUCUCUAGCACUAGUACCACCACCCCCACCGCCACCACCUGAACUUUCAUCAAAAGCAACAGCAACCAGAGUGCCCCCACCACCCCCAGUGGCAUUGGGAACAAUGAAAGCAACAGCUCCUGCACCACCUCCACUACCCAUGAUGCCUUCUAAAGGAGCACCACCCCCACCGCCACCACCAAUAAAAGGAUCAGUACCACCACCACCGCCACGGCCAAUGAAUGGAUCAGUACCACCACCACCACCACCUCCAAUGAAUGGAUCAGUAACAUCGCCGCCACCACCACCCAUGCCACCUGCAAAUGGAGCAGCACCUCCACCACCUCCUCCUGGUGCAGUGAAAUCCUUGCGCCCCAAAAAAGCAGCUACCAAGUUAAAGAGAUCAUCCCAAAUGGGUAAUCUGUAUCGGGUUCUUAAGGGAAAGGUGGAAGGAUGUAAUAAUCUUGAAGGUAAAUCAUCUAAUGGGAAAAAGAGUGCAAUUGGUAACAAUGCUGGUGGAAAACAAGGAAUGGCUGAUGCUCUAGCUGAGAUAACAAAGAGAUCAGCGUAUUUCCAACAAAUUGAAGAAGAUGUUCAGAAGUAUGCAAAAUCAAUUACGGAGCUGAGGUCUGUCAUUAGUACUUUCAAAACAAAGGACAUGGCUGAGCUGAUCCAGUUCCACAAAAACGUGGAAUCCAUUCUUGAGAAUUUAACUGAUGAAUCACAGGUGCUAGCAAGGUUCGAAGGUUUCCCUGUAAAGAAGUUGGAAGCAUUAAGAACAGCAGCAGCACUAUACACAAAGUUGGAUUCCAUAAUCUCUGAAUUACAUAACUGGAAGAUAGUGACUCCCAUGGGCCAGCUGCUUGACAAAGUUGAAAGUUACUUCACUAAGAUAAAAGGAGAAGUGGAUAAACUGGAACGAACCAAAGAUGAAGAAUCCAAGAAAUUUCAAAGUCACAAUAUCGAUUUUGACUUCAACAUCCUUAUAAGAAUCAAGGAAGCAAUGGUGGAUAUUUCCUCAAGCUGCAUGGAGUUGGCUCUAAAGGAGAGGAGGGAAGCAAAGGUGGCAGAGAAGGAAGAACCAGGAUCAAAAAGUAACAAACGAACAAAGGGAUGUGUCAAAAUGCUUUGGAGGGCUUUCCAAUUUGCGUUUCGUGUCUAUAGCUUUGCUGGUGGACACGAUGAUCGCGCUGACAAGCUGACAAGAGAAUUGGCUCAUGAAAUAGAGAAUGAUCCCCACCACCAGUGACUUCUUCUUCCUCUUCAUUACUUCACCAAAAGCACUAAACCAAACAAUAUUAUUUAUACCAUCUACUCUAUAAAAUCUGAGAUAUCCAUGGCAAUCUUCAUGCUGAAACAUUGUUUCUCCUGGGCCUUCUUAAGGCUACAUUUUGUUAUACUUGUUGGACGACAUAUGAUUUUAAUAAGUUAGGACAUAAUUAGUACGGAUUUUUGUGAAGUUUCGAUUUUCAACUCCCAUGAAACUUUGGAGCAAAACUCUAGCACUGCUGGAGUAUGUAAUAUAUAUGU